AUGCCUCGAUUCGUUGCAGAGCAAGCCUUCAAAUAUACCUUCUCAACUGCGAACCAUCUUACGCCAUCUCUAGUAGACUUGGUGUCCUCCAAUUCAUCUGAAUCUAGUGGAUUGGUGUCCUCCAAUUCAUCUGAAUCUAGUGGGUUGGUGUCCGAACUCUCUUCUUCCUCCCCAUGGUCCCUUUCUUCUCCCUCUCUUUCUUCUAACUCUUCCGCGGUUUCGUCUCAACAGACUUUAGCUCCCACCGACAGGCAACAGCAGCCACUUCCUCGGCCGAUUGACAAGACUCCUGCCGAUGAUCUAGCAGACUGGUCUCCACCGCCCAGUGGCACAACUAAAGCACCAAUCCUGGCGGGUUAUGGGCAUGGGCUUCCCCUCUCGCGACUGUUUGCGCGCUACUUGAACGGUGAGCUCUCUCUUCUUGUCUUGGAGGGCGUCGGAUGCCAGGCCUAUAUUUAUCUGAAGAGGAAACCCGAGGAAGCCUACGAACUGCUGCCUAUAUUCAAUAGGACUGCGAAAAAAUUUUAUCAAGACAAAGUGGUUCCUGGCACUGACUGGAUCUCGCGAAGCCCUACUGAUUCAGAGUGA